AUGUCUGAUGAACCCCGUCCUAUCACCCUCGAAGCCUUCGCCGAGGCCAUCAAGGAAUUACCCCUCUCCGCCGUCUACGCAAAAGUGCUGGAGAUCAGAAAUUCCAUCGCACAUCUGCACCGCUCAAACUCAGAGCUCACAGAAUUCAUCAACGAGUCCUGUGAGUCGGAGAGCGACAAGCGAGAACUGGAAGGGUACAUCGCUGAGAACGAGGGCGUCAUAACCAACAUGACUGAGAGGCUUGGGUUAUUGAAGUCUGAAAUUGAGCGCCGAGGCGAACCGUGGAUUGAAGAGCUGCUCAACGGAGCGGAUACCAAGACGGACGGAGAUCAAUCAUCAGCGACACCGGCAUCUCAGCCUGUUGUUAACGGAAUGGCGGAGGGGGACAGGAACACAGAACAGCAGGAUACAAGUCGAGGACCACAGGAUACACAGGCCGACAAUGAAGAAGGUGUCUAUCUGUGA